GAAAGGUGUCGAUAUUGUGGUCAAGAAAAACUUGACCAUCUUUUUUGUUCGAUCGCUUCGAAAAACUUUUGAAAUUCCUAAUGAAACGUCUACAUUUCGAGUGUUUCUCAACUGCUUUUAAAUUCGGUUUUUUAUUCGAGAAAUAUGAAAAAUUUGAUGGAAUAUGCGUGCGAGUAUCUUUAUCAGAGUGUUCGCCCAACGUCGCGGGUGGCGCGAGCGUUCGAAACACACAAGGAACUUGGCACUCUUGGCAGUUUAGCGUGGUCCGCUGUAGAGAACGCGUCUCUCGUCAACUACAAAAUGACUCCGACCCAAAAAUCAGAUUGUGACGAAUAGUGUUGUAGCGAGUGAACAUUUAUGACAUUCGAACGCUGCACAGCGGUGUUCGGAAGUUUCGUUUUAAUAUACCAAUGAAAUAGAUAUUCGGAAUAAAAGAACGAUCGAAACUUAUUCGCCGUGGUUGAGUGUUUUUAUUUUCGUUCCGUGCCCUUGGUUUCUUUGCAGUGUGUGAUCUUUUACCAAAACACGACGUUUUUUUCGACGACUCGGACGACUGGUACGCUUCAGAUUCAUUGAAAACGGAGCAAUAUCGUGGCGCUGUAUUAAAUCGUGAAAACUCAUUGAAGUAUGAGCGGAUGGAGCAGCCCUUGGAACGUUCGAAUCAGCCUCCGCAUAAUGUCCGGAACGAGCGCGAUGCCAGACAACGAGAAAUAAGCGGCCUUUGAAGAGACCUCGAACGUUGGAGUACACAAUUGCAACGACGAAUCCCUCGAAUGCUUUUUAUUCUUUAUUCACGAAGGAUUCCUACUGUUGUGUUACAACUGUCGCGUGGAAACAAUCGCCACAACGAUCUUUUAGCACUUUGAACACUCAACGAAACUCUACGCGGGUGGUUAAAUUAUGAAGGGAUUUUAAAGAGCAGCGUCCAUCGCGUGAGCUCACGGACAGGACGAAUUUAUCGCUACGACGAAACGCUUCUUUGGUGCUAUUUAAUUUCAACCAAAAUUGCGUCUUCUGGGGCCGAGCGAUGGAAAUACGAGUGGAAAUUUAAUUGACACACGCUCCUGUGUCUCCAUUCUCGAGAAACGUCCUUAAAAGACAUUGUGCAUUUUACUAUUUACAGGACUGUAAAAGCUGGUUGAGGAAACAACGAUCCAGACAUUUUUGUGAAAAUAUCAAGCGAAAGCAGACAGCAGGGAGAAAUUCCAUUUACAGGAUUUUUGAGACUCGAACGAAAGCGAGCAUUUGGAUUCAAACUUGAUGCUGAAGCGCCCGUUGCAAAUUUUCUUCUUAAUACUCGCGGCGUCGAGACGCUGCCGCGUCUCUGGAUAAUUAAGAGCUGUAAAAUCGCUGGAAAGGAACGUCGAGGGCAUCGGGGACACGCAGUUUUCUUAUAUCGCUCUAACUAACUUUUGAUGCAGAAUUAACGAAAGACGCGGCCUGGAAAGUGGUUGAAACUCCUGCGAAUUCAACGUGCGCGGAGCGAGCACAGCGAAGAAUUCAACCUCGAGAUUUCGUAUAAGACCGAAUCCUCGUAGGAGAGAAAAAUAGAAAAAGAGUCGAGGAUUUUUCUGCGUUCGAAUAAUCAUUCGCUGUCGUUGGCUCUGGCGAAGAUCCGAAGUACGAGGAUCGGAAAUCAAUGACUUUAUCCGAGUUUGCGUUUCGAUCAAAGACUCCAUCGAUAAUUUCCAUGAAAAAAAAGGGGAGAGAAAAAUCGCAUAUUUUAGUCCCAGCAACGAAAAUGGUUUCGGAGCACGCGCGAUUCCAUUUGGUGCAAUAAAUAUGAAGCUCAGAGCUCGUCUCCGUCAAAUCGAAACGACGACGAUCCUCGAUGUCGAGCCGAACUCGUUCGCGCAGUUGAUACCGAUAAGACUGUUGCACAGCGAUAACUAAAAGCCCAGUAAAAAGAGCGGGUCUCAGUUGGGAUGCGAAAAUGAAAUUUCACCCGAAGACAAACAUGUUGAGGGAUUUUUUCGUCGCGUUAUUUCUGCUGAAAUUACCAUACGCCGAGAGCCUCGAAUCGUCGAUUCAUGGGAACGUGGAAAAUUCGACCCACGAGGUCGUAUUGUACGAUGAUUCUUUAAACGAUAUGUACGAGGCAGAGAAUAACUGCACGAACGAUUACUGCGUCAGCGACGAGGACUACCUGAAUCUCAUCGUCGCUCAUAUAUCACCGCAUUUUUUGGAUUUUGUACUAAUUGCUAUGCACUCGGUCGUUUUCACCGUCGGCCUCGUCGGCAAUUCCCUCGUUUGCAUCGCGGUUUACAGAAAUCACACUAUGAGAACGGUCACGAAUUAUUUCAUCGUCAACCUCGCCGUCGCUGAUCUUCUCGUUAUUCUUUUCUGUUUGCCGUCAACGGUCCUUUGGGACAUCACUGACACGUGGUUCCUCGGACUCAAACUGUGCAAAGCCAUUCUCUAUUUUCAGACGGUCUCUGUGACGGUGAGCGUGUCGACUUUGACUUUCAUAUCGGUAGAUCGAUGGUACGCGAUAUGUUUUCCCCUGAGAUUCAAAUCGACAACGACGCGAGCGAAGAAGGCAAUUUUCGUCAUCUGGUUCUUCGCGCUUCUCUACGAUAUUCCUGAACUCAUCGUCCUGCAAACUUUCCCUUCGAAGCAAAUACGUAUAAAAACAAUAUUCUACACCCAGUGCGCCCAUUCCUGGAGCCCGGAGAGCCAAAAAAUCUUCACGUGCAUAACGCUCGUCUUUCUCUACUUUGGGCCAUUGAUUUUCAUGACGGUCGCCUACUAUCAGAUUGUUCGUGUACUUUGGAGAAGCAACAUACCAGGACACAACCUAUCAGCAAGAAUAUACCAAGCGAACGAGGUCUCGGCCACAGCAGUCGGAAACCCCGAGGGUCAGCUGAGGUCACGAAGAAAAGCUGCUAAAAUGUUGGGCGCAGUCGUUCUGAUGUUCGCGUUUUGCUAUCUACCCGUUCAUCUACUCUCGAUUCUCAGGCAAGUGAUGAAUUUGCCAUCGGGCCAGUUGACGAGAACGUUUUCCCUCCUGGCACAUUGGCUCUGCUAUGCGAACAGCGCAGUGAACCCAGUAAUCUACAACUUUAUGAGUGGUAAAUUUCGCAAAGAAUUCAAACGAGCUUUCUGCUGUGCCAGUAGCCGACGAAACGACCAUCGAGGAGUUUACAAAUUCACUGGAACGUCAGAUUUGGCGAGUCGACGCUCGCAAAUGCUCACGAGAUCGAUUAACACGACUACGAAUAAGAACCUUCGUCAGAGUGUGGAGCUCAUUCCUUUGGGUUCGAUUAUGAAUGUCGAGCAAAUCGACAAGCGCGAUUGAAAGUAUCCGAAUCAAUGUUAAUAAUAUUAUGAAAAAAACGAUUGAACGCAUUGUGACUUCGAGUUCAACGUCACGCUGUGUCCGUGGAAAAACGUUGAACGAACACAGAUUCCGAAAGCUCGCAAUCGAGCUAUUCACUUUUCAUGGAAGUGUCUUCGAAGUGGACACAUUUUCAAGGGAUUCUUUCAACAACUGUCCCAUGCGUUUCGGUACAUUUAAUCGAGAAAUUAAAUAGUAUAAUAUUUGUCCAAUAAAAUAAAAACGAUUAAUGGCUAAAUGUAAAUUUGUGCUCGAAUACUGAAAAGUUAAAAUCAUUACGUACUUCUCAAACGUUGUAUAAACAAAUUUGAGAAACGAGAGUAUUUUACUUACUCUGAUACAAAAAAAAUCAUUCUUCCUUCAUUUUUUUACAAUUUGUUUAUUGAUUUUAUACAAAGAACCACCGUGUUCUUUAUUCAGCAUUAACUCGGCUUCCUUAAUAAUGUAAAUAAUUCUUUUGAGUGUGUAAAUGAAUCCCAAGCGAUGAAUAUUUAAAAUCAAUUCACUUUUGAACGGUUGAUUAAAAUUCAAAGUUCACGGUUCGAGUGAGUUUGUAUUGAAUUUCGAGGGAUGACGGUCGACGUAACUCGUGUAUUGUGAAUAGUAAUAACAAUUUUGUAAAGAAUAUUUAAAAUACGAAAUAUAAUUAUGUAAUUAUAGUUUUCUAGUCUCCCUCUGUCAAUGAAAAAACAUUUGCAAGAAUCUAUUCAUCUUUUACAGUUUAAUAAUGAAAACAAAUCAUUUUUUUCCUCGAACUAAUGAAUAAAUUUAUCAUUUGAUAAUGUUAAUUAACACACUUUCGUGGUUAACUUUCCGUCCCCGUGGUGAACAGAAUUUUUAAGAAUGACAAAAAGAAUCUUCUAAAACGUAAUUUUUUUCAACAACUUUCAAAAUAGAUUUGAAAAAAAAAAAAAAACAAACAAACAAACAAAAUGAUUGAAAGUUAAUAGAAAAAUAAAUGAAACAAAGGUUUAUCUUGAUGACGCGAGUAAUGUUAAGAGUGCGAUAAUGAAUAAAUAUUGUUAAAUAAAUAGAUCAAUUGAUGAAAUAUAUUGUUCGAGUAGAAUUUAAGUUUGUUUAUUCGUCGACACGAAUGAAGUAUUAUCUACGAUACAAAUGUAUUUGUACAUAAAGCAUUGAGACUCCGUUCGAGUAAAAUUAGCCAUACUCUCUGUUGGUUUUCUUCUACAUCGCUUAAUUCGACACCGAGAUGAUGCGAACUAAUUGUACGAGAGAAUCGAGGGAUAAAUAAAACCGAAUGGGAACUUUA